CAAAUCGAUUAACUACUAUCCGUAUCUCUUCGCUGCUUCAUACGUAAAUACUACUUCCGGUGGAAGACCUCGUCUCUCUUACAAACAUGGCUACCAAACGCCUCUUACAGUUCUCCUUGUCUCUCCUCACCAGACAGGUACACGCUCGUUCUCAGGUACCCCUUAGCAUCAGCAGACGAUGGCGAUCGGCAAAAGCUGCCACUUACGAACAAACACUGUUGAAUGUACCUGAAACUCAAGUGACAACUUUGGCCAAUGGUAUACGAGUUGCAACUGAAGACUCUGGGAUUCCCACUUGUACUGUUGGCUUGUGGAUCGAUGCUGGCAGCAGGUUCGAAAAUGACAGCAAUAACGGUGUGGCACAUUUCUUGGAGCAUAUGAUAUUCAAAGGAACAUCAAAACGUUCCCAAACUAGUCUGGAGCUUGAAGUUGAAAACAUGGGUGCCCAUCUGAAUGCCUACACUUCUCGUGAACAGACAGUCUAUUAUGCCAAGUGCUUCAGUAAAGAUUUACCUCAAGCUCUUGACAUUCUUUCGGAUAUCAUACAAAACAGUACUCUAGGUGAGCAGGAAAUUGAACGUGAGCGUGGAGUCAUCCUUCGGGAAAUGCAGGAAGUUGAGACUAAUCUCCAAGAAGUUAUAUUUGACCAUCUUCAUUCAAUAGCUUACCAAGGUACACCUCUUGGCCGUACAAUCUUAGGACCCACUGAGAAUAUUAAGACUAUUAACCGCAAUGACCUCAAAGAAUAUAUUUCCACUCAUUACAAGGGUCCACGUAUUGUCCUGGCCGCUGCUGGUGGUGUGAACCAUGACAAUCUGGUCAAGCUAUCUGAGCAGUAUUUUGGCAACAUCACUGCUGGUUAUGAUUCAGAAAUCCCCAUCAGUGCACCUUGCCGCUUUACUGGCUGUGAUAUUCGUGUACGUGAUGACGACAUGCCAUUGGCUCAUGUUGCUUUGGCAGUGGAAGGAUGUGGCUGGAGUAAUGCGGACAAUAUUGCUUUAAUGGUGGCCAACACUCUGAUUGGUAGCUGGGAUCGCAGUCAUGGCGGUGGUGCCAAUUUGGCUGGGCGUUUAGCUAGCAAUUCUGCCAGAGGCAACCUCUGCCACAGCUUCCAGGCCUUCAAUACCUGUUACACAGACACCGGGAUGUGGGGCAUCUACUUUGUGUCAGAGAAACUUUCAAUUGAUGACAUGAUCUUCAACAUACAGAACGAAUGGAUGCGUCUCUGUAACAACGUGACUGACUUUGAAAUUCAGAGGGCUAAGAAUUUGUUGAAGACAAACCUUCUCCUUCAGCUUGAUGGUUCCACUCCUAUAUGUGAAGACAUUGGCAGGCAAAUGCUUUGUUAUGGCCGAAGGAUUCCAUUACCAGAACUGGAUGCAAGGAUUGAUGCUGUAGAUGCAGAAACCAUUAAGUCAGUAUGUACCAAGUAUUUGUAUGAUCAGUGCCCUGCUGUGGCUGCUGUAGGACCUAUUGAACAGUUACCAGAUUACAAUCGUAUCCGUGGUAGUAUGUACUGGGCCAGAUUAUAAUGUAGACCUAAACUGUAUAGCAAAUCAUCUGAGCAUGAUGAAAUAAGUUAUGGAAGUCCCCUUAUGUUUACCAACUUUCUCACACCACACACACACACACAAUUGAUGUAGUGGUUCUUUAUGGAUAAAUAAAGAGUUACCUGUA